AUGCAUGUGAACAGAUUGGCAGUGGCAUGUUUAGUAUGGUUGCUCGGUUCCAGUAGCUUUUUACACCCUGUGGCGGCGAUGGUGGUCGAAAUUGACAGCACCGCAGAUCUGAUCGAAGUUGUGGCUGCUACGCAGAUUCCAACGUUCGUGACCGUGUUCAAAGAAGGAUGCCACUGGUGUGAGGAGCUUGAACCCGCGUUCGAGUAUCUAGAGCGGCUUUUCGGGCCGAAAUUACAGCUCGUGCGCGUUGACGGGCGACGCGCGACUCGGUUCACUGAGACGAUGCAGAUCCGGAGUUUCCCGGAGCUUCUUCUGUUGCAGGGCGGGGCUGUCACGCUCGAGCAGAUGAGCGAGUCUCAUUAUGCGGGUAGUUACCAGGGUCCACGCAACGUCAAAUCCUUGGCCGCGUUUAUUAGCGAGAGAACAGGUCUGCUUGCCGAAUUGCCCGACGCGCUUGUCAAGCCCGUGAAUUCGCUGCCAGAGAUAGCGAACUCAGCGGCCGUGAUUCUCUUUCUUUCCCCCUACAUGGACCCACAAUAUGCGUCGCUGUUUGCAAGCGGUGCAGCGACAGACGUCGCCGAAAGGCUUGCCUCCGAUAAUUGUGAUCUCGACGUCGCUUUUUACAGUGUCGACGUCUCCAAUCAGACUUCAGCUGCGACGGUGAACGCGCUUCGCAUCGGUGUCACACCCACCGCCGUCGUCGUGACUCCCAAGGGCCGAUAUGUUAAGUACGAAUUUCGAGCCAGAAACGGACUCCCCGGGAACCAAGCUCGCGAGACGUUACAGACAAUGCUAAAUCGAUGCUUGCGGCAUGUAGAUGAUCAACCUUCCGCCUGCAUUGAGUACGUUAAUACACUUCCUAACGCGUUUUUUUACGAUUCGCUACAGGACCUCCAGGGCGACGCGAUCGAGCAGGUCUUGGAUCCAGAUUUGGACUCGCCUAGUGAUUUUGACGAAGAAUGGCUUUUCGGAUCUCUGAGGGACCUUUAG